UUACUUGAACCGCAGUAUGAUUACGUCAUCACUUCGCGCCGUUGCUCUGGCAACGUUUGAAGCCUUCGUGUUUUGCUAGCAUUUUCGCCCAAACCCCAUCUUCAUGCCAAAAAUAACCUCGGACUCGUUAUGGGAGCUGGCCGCCGCGGAGGUCCAGCAGCAGGAGAGCGAAGAGGAGACGGUCAGCGAGAGGACCGUGUUCCUGAUGGGCAGCAAAGCCGGGGGUAAAACGUCAAUUCUGCUCAGAUGUUUAGAAAGGGACGAACCACCUAAACCAACUCUGGCCCUGGAGUACACCUUUGGCAGACGAGCUCGAGGACACAACACACCUAAAGACAUCGCCCACCUGUGGGAGCUGGGUGGGGGGACCUCUCUGUCAGAUCUAGUUCAGAUUCCCAUCACUCCUGUCAGUGUUGGUUCCCUUUCUGUCAUCCUCGUCCUGGAUUUGUCUAAGCCCAACGAUCUUUGGGUGACUUCGGAGAAGCUGCUGCAGGCCGCACAAACCCAGGUGGAAAAAGUCUUUUCCCAAUCGCAAAAAACAAAACCUGGAGCCAAAAAUCCAGUCCGUCCAGCUGCACGAGUUUUACCUAAAGACUAUCCAGACAGGGAGCUAAUCAGUCCAUUUCCUGUUCCUCUUCUUAUUAUCGGUAGUAAAUAUGACCUUUUUCAGGAAUUUGAUUCAGAGAAGAAGAAGGUGGUCAGUAAAACACUGCGGUUUAUCGCACACUAUUAUGCCGCCUCUCUCGUUUUCACUAGCAUCAAGUCUGAAAGUCUCAUGUCAAAAACCAAGAGCUUUUUUUCUCAUCUGGCAUUCGGUCUUGACAGAGGGAAAACUUUGUCCUCCGACUUCAGUAAAACUCUCAUCAUUCCUACAGGCUCAGAUUCCUUCAGCCAAAUCGGCCCGCCCUCUGUUACGGAUGUGGACAUUACAUCUUUGCACGCUAAAAACCCCAAAGACCUCUGGAGGAAAGUGUACGAACACGUCUUUCCCCACCAGAACGCCGGUGAGCAGAAGGAGCUGAAGGACCCGUCUAAAGACCCUCAGUACAGCGAACCUCAGAUUGAUGCCAUGAGAGCCCAGAAAGACCAGGAGUUGGAGCAGUACAAAAAGAACGCUGCAAAGUCAUGGAAAGGCCUGGAGCUGGAGACAUAAGUUUAUUACUCAAUAACUGUCAUUUAUAUUCAGAAUACAUUUAGUCCUUGUUUUAAUAAAAUGUUUGAAUUACUGAAAAAAAAAAAAAA